AUGUACGCCGAAGAGGUUCCAGGAGACGGCGGCUCGGCGAGAAGAUGGUACCUGCUGCAUUUCGCCGUGACCCAUCCCACGAAAAAGAAAUUCAAGACGUCCAUCACCGGGGAGGAAAAAGAAGCCAAGCACCUCGUGGCCGUCGUUUCACCUAGCAGCCUUCCCACACCUGACCCGGUGAGAUUCUCCCGGUGGGUAAGGCUCCUACGGGCGACCGCGAGGGUGCUUCAAUUCGUUCAACUGUGCCGCAGGGAACGGACUCUAAGCACACGAUCCAGCGACCCGGUGUGGACAAAGAAACACAAUAAAACGAAAACGAAGGCACAGCACUCAGCUCCACUCGCAAUAAAGGAGCGGUACAGUCCCCUAGAGCCCGAAUGGCUAAAAAAGGCGGAAGAAUUGCUACUACGAAGAAGCCAAGAAUGUUUCAAAGAGGAAAGAAAGGCUGUGGAGAGCCAGCAACCCCUAGACCGGAAGAGCAAACUUAAACGGCUGGAUAUCGCCGUGAACGAUGGGCUUAUAAGGAUCCGCGGCAGGAUCGACGCCGCCGAAGAACUCGACCGCGAUCUCAGGCAGCCAGUAGUAUUAGACGCGAAAGAUGACAUUACGAAGUUGAUCCUGACCCAUUACCACGAUAAGUUCAAUCACGGUAACCACGCUACCGUGAUGAACGAAGUAAGGAGAAGGUUUUGGGUCCUGGGCCUGAGAUCAGCGGUGCGAGCGAUAGCCCAUCGGUGCCAGUGGUGUCUAGUACGUAAGGGCACUCCGAAGACCCCACCCACAGGAGAUCUACCGCGGGAACGGCUCCGAUACGGCGAGCCACCUUUCACUUGCCCCGACGGGCGAACGCGCUUAGUAGACGUGCGCACCUCCACUGGCCUUAUAAAAAGGCCGAGCUCGAAGAUUGUAAGGCUGGUGAGCCAGCCCACCGUUGAAGACAAGAUCGCCGAGCAGCAGCGCGGCGGUCCGGAACAGCUUCGCGUCGCCGGACAAGAGGAUGGUGCGAAGCACGAGGGGGAGGAUGUCGGCGACGCAGCUAAUAUUUAG